UUUCUGUCCCCCUCUUGCUCUCUCCCUCACUCUCUCUCUUUCUCUGUAUCUUUGGUGCUCAGUCCGUCCGUCCGUCCGUCCGUCCGUGAGUCGAUCGCUGGCUGCACGGGUGGUGCCCAGCCUCUUGUUCUUGCUCGUGCUCUUGCUCUUCAGCUCCGUGGUCGACGUCGUCGCCGUCGUUGCUGUGAUGUGCAGUGCUGUGCCGUGCCCCGGUGUUGAAAUUCCAGCUCUUCUCUUCUCCGCAUCCCCUUCGCUGCCUCUCUGUGCGGGAUGUGCCUCUCUCUUUUUCUUUCACCCCCCUUCCUCUCCUGCCCUUGCUCGCCUCCUCCUCUUUUCUCCCUCGUCCCACUGUAACCCUAAGUUGCUCCUUGUCUGGAAUUUUCGACAGUUCCAUGAGGCGGCUGCUCUGCGUUUUUACUCCUUCUCUGAGUGUCGCGGCAUCGUUUUUGGUCUGUGCUACAGCCCCUGCCAGAUUUUCUAUCUCUAUGGACCUUGCUACCCUCCGUCUACUCCAGUUUGGUAGAGAUUAGGUUCUGCCAAUUUACUCAGCUGCUGAAGCUGGCGUUGAGAGAUGGCGAAAAGAACGUGUAUACAGUUUAUUUCAGAGGGAUUUUAGCAUAUAAUUAGAGUUGGGUACCGCAAAGUUCAUGGAAUCAGAUUGCGGUAGCUGCUGUGGCCUGUUCCCGAAGCGGAGAAGAAAAGAGUCUAAGCCAACUUUGCUCAUUGACAAACAUUACUCUAAGGAGCAUUUGCUGGGUUUUACUGUCGAGGAAGUCGAGAAAGCCACUCAAACUGCAUCUAAGAAUGGUGUUAAGUCCACAAUCCCCAUUUACCACUACACACCUCCUUACUGCAACACCCGAACUUCAUGUACCGAUGUUCCAAAAGGUUCACCAAGUCAGCUUGGAUCCUCAUAUAUUGGUGUUCAGUAUGAAACAAGCGACGAAUUCCGAACUGGGCACAGAGCAGCUAAAGUCACUCACUGCGUGGUUCGUUCAGAGGAUUCACACGGCAACAAGAUGAUUAAUGAGUAUGUGCGAGAGCGGAAGAUUGGGACCGGCAGCUAUGGCAAAGUGGUUCUACAUCGAAGUCAAGAAGAUGGCAUGUUUUAUGCACUCAAGAUAUUUCAUAAGUCCCGUUUGUGCAAACUACGAGUUUCGCCAACCGAAACUGCUAUGAUGGAUGUGCUUAGAGAGGUUAUGAUAAUGAAGCAGCUAGAUCAUCCGAAUAUUGUCAAGUUGAUUGAAGUUAUUGAUGACCCUCAGAGUGAUAACUACUAUAUGGUUUUGGAAUAUGUGGAGGGUGGAUGGAUUUUUGAAGGCUGUGGACCAGCAGGAGGAAUAGGAGAUGCUCGUGCCCGUCAAUAUUUCCGGGAUGUUGUUGCUGGCCUCAUCUACCUACACAAAAAUAAUAUCAUCCAUGGUGAUAUUAAACCAGAAAACCUUCUGGUCAGUUCUGAUGGCCACAUCAAGAUUUGUGAUUUUGGUGUUAGCCGCAAGUUUGAGGAUGGAAACGAUGAACUACGAAGGUCCCCAGGGACACCUGUUUAUACAGCUCCAGAAUGCUGUUUAGGAUUGACAUAUCAUGGAAAGGCAGCGGAUGUGUGGGCUUUGGGGUGUACCCUCUACUGUAUGGUGUUGGGGUCCUAUCCUUUUAAGGGGGAUAAUUUACAAUCUACGUACGACAAGAUUGUGAAUGAUCCUCUUCAUAUUUCUGGUCACGUGGAGCCAGAUCUUGCUGACUUAUUACGAGGAUUACUCUGUAAGGAUGCUACUAAGCGGCUCAGUUUGGAGGCAGUAGCCAACCAUUCGUGGGUUGUGAGAGGGUAUGGCCCUGUACAAUGAAAAUACGCAGAAUUAGUCUACUCUAUUUGUAGCAAUCUCUGUAAGGUUGCCUUCAUGCAUCUCUUCUGCCACUUUCUGCGAGGCAUUAAAGAUGAAUUGUAAGGCUUUGAAAUGUUCAAAGCAUUUUAAACCUCAUAGAAACUAGGGAAAGCUUUAUCCAGAUAGCUACAAAAUUUUAGAACAUUUUCCAAUCCUUUUGCAUAAGCAACUGUGCAUUUGGACAUGAUAGUCUUAUUUUGUUUCAGGUUUGUAGUAGAGUAAUUCUCAGUUCAGUAUUUGUAUUCUCUCUUGGUGGAUAGCGUUGAAUAGCAAGCAUUUAAUUUAUUUUACCGCAGUAUACUUUAUUCAAGCUGACUUGCAGUAUGUCAUUUAACAUCAUUUUCAGGUGUAGGAAGCUUACGCUUUAUGUCAUGCCCAAAAGUAGCUCAUGUAACAUAAUGACCCCGUUUUGAAUUCCAGUUUAUAUCCCCUCCACAAGAACGGUUGACUUA